AUGAGGCUUUGUUCACGUGUUUGCUUUCUGAUCAAGCAUAUUAUAGAUUCCGAGAACCUCAGUUUCAGAGUGAGGGACAACCGCCGCCAUGGGCAGGCCACAUGCUCUGGUCAUCCCCUUCCCCGCACAGGGCCAUGUGAGACCCCUCAUGGAGCUUUCCCACCGCCUCGCCGACCGCGGCUUCACCGUCACCUUCGUCAACACCGAGCACGUCCACGAGCGGGUAACCGCGGCCCUGCCGGAAAACUUUUCCAGCGACUAUGGAGGGAGAAUCCGGUUCGCAACCAUCCCGGACGGCAUGGACCCUGGCGAGGACCGGUGCGACUUCCUCAAGUUCACCCAAGUCAUUCACAGGGCCACCGUGCGGCCGCUGGAGGAGCUCAUACUGAAGAUCAACGCUGAGGAAGAGGAGGGGAUCGCGUGCGUGAUCGCCGACGGGAUGGCCGGCUGGCUGCUCCCCGUGGCGAAGAAGCUGGGGAUCAGGACCGCCGCGUUCUGGCCGGCUUCCGCCUGGUUUCUCGCCAUCGUCCUCGAGAUUCCGUCGCUGAUCGAGAAGGGAGUCAUAGAUCAAAGAGGUUUUCCGAAAGAUAAUGAACCCAUCACAAUCAGCGACAAGAUACCAGCCAUCAAUCCAGCACAUCUAUGCUGGCUUUGCCUGCACGAUCCCCAGGUACAGGAAAACUCUUUCAAGCUCAAAUGCAUUACCAGCCACGUCCUCAGAGACGUCGAUCACAUCAUCUGCAACUCCUUCUUAGAACUGGAAGCGCCGGUCUUCGAGCACGCCGGCAACGCCCUGCCGAUCGGCCCGCUAGUUUCAGCAGCCGGCCGCAUCGGCCACCAGCCCUUCUCCUUCUGGCAAGAAGACCCCAGCUGCCUGAGCUGGCUGGACGAGCAACCAAGCCGCUCGGUGGUUUACGUGGCCUUCGGCAGCUACACCCUCAUGAACCGCCGCCAAAUUCAUGAGCUAGCACGUGGGCUGGAGCUCAGCGGGCUGCCAUUUCUGUGGGUUUCCCGGCCAGACCUCAUGGGCGGCUCCGCGCCGGCCUACCCAGAUGGGUUCAUGGACGUCGUCGCCGGCCGGGGCCGGCUAGUAGGAUGGUCGCCGCAGCAGGAAGUGCUCUCGCAUCCAUCAAUAGCUUGUUUCGUGAGUCACUGUGGCUGGAACUCGACCAUGGAGGGGCUAUGGAAUGGGGUUCCCAUGCUGUGUUGGCCUUACUUUGCCGACCAGUACCAGAACCAGACUUAUGUUGUCGAGGUGUGGAGGGUUGGGCUGGAACUGCGGAGGGACCGAGAGGGGAUUGUGGAAACAGAAGAAAUAGUGGGCAAGUUGAAGGAACUGCUGAAAGAUGAAGGAAUAAAUAAGAGGGUGGGGGACUUGAAGGACAAGGCAAGGAAGUGCGUAGAGGAAGGCGGUAAUUCUUUCAAGAAUUUUGAUGAUUUCAUCUGUGCAAUAAAGGAAUAUGAAUGAUUCUAUCCCUGCGGCGUGGUACUCCAUGAGCUUUGGCUCGAGCACUUUGAACUCUCCUCGACAUUGUCCCUCUCAAUUAAUGGACAUGGAGCAGCUGCAAGCGAGAAGAUAUUUCAGGUUAAAACAUGAUGAUUUCCAUAUAAGCGUGCUAUCAUUACUUAUUUUUGUUCUUAUCCGAAUGUGAAUUCCAAUAUAUAAAUAUCCAGAAAUGGAUAAGUUAAGGGUAUACUCAAUUUCAAUCUAAUCGAUACUUGACUA